GCCCGGAAUUUCCGCCCGGGGCGUCCAUUUUGACUCCCCGACCUUGGGCUCCGGUUCGCGACUGUGCGCGGUCCGGUCCCCGCCGUCAUGUCUGCGCUGACGCCGCUGCUCCUGAGGGGUCUGGCAGGCCCGGCCCGGCGGCUCCUGGUGCCGCGGGCCCAGGUGCACUCCAGGCCGCCGCGGGAGCCGUUCGGCACCACGGACGUCGUCGUGGGGCUCACCGCCUGCUUCCUGUGUUUCCUCGUGCCGCCCGGCUGGGUCCUGGCCAACCUGGAGAGCUACAAGAAGCGGGAGUGAAGGGGGCCCGCCCGCCCCGCCCCGCCCUGCCCGCGCCGGCCGCCCCGAUCAUGUCGCAGCAUUCUUGGCCGGCCUCCCCGAAUCAUGUCCUGAGUCGUAGUGACCUCCGCGGCCAUCCUGAGCUCUCGAUUUCGCCAUGGCGACCCCGGGGCCACACAGCUGGAUUUCUAAGGCCCUGCGCGGUAGGGCCCCUGUUGUAACAAUAAAGUCUGUUUCCACCCGG